AUGGAAUGUAGCGUCGUUAUCGCUAUCAGCGGGUCCCACGUCGGGCGCCAUUACUGUGCGCUCACCAGAAAAUUGGAUGAGGAAGCGCACACGCGCCGCCGCGCGCUGAUUGGAUCGAGCCACAUCUGUUGUAUCGCGCCCCGCCGCGCCGCGCGGUACUGGCGGCAGUACGAGGCGGGCGGCGCGCGAUGCAGGCGGCGGGCGAGGCGCGCGGCGCGGCGGCGGCCGUGGCGCUCAUAUACUUCACGUUCUUCCUGGACAACGUGCUGCUCACCGUGCUGGGUGAGUGCCGGGCGGUGCCUGCAUACUGUAUACUGUACACUGUGUACUGUGUACUGUACCGAGUGGGGUCCUGUGUGCGCAGUGCCUAUCAUCCCGGACUGGGUGCGCGGCGAGGCGCUGGCGCUGUGGACGACGCGCGACGCGCCGCUGGCCAGCCUGCUCAACCACACGGCGCAGCGCGCUGUCGCCGCCGGUACUCCCCAGGGCGCGGGGGGCGGUGGCGGCGCGUCGCAGGCCGUGGUGGGCGUGGUGCUGGGCGCCAAGGCGGCCGCGCAGCUACUGGCCGCGCCGCUGGCGGGCGCCGCCGUGUGCCGGCGCGGCGCCGCGCCCGUGCUGCGCGCCGCCACCGCCACGCUGGCCGCCGCCGCCGUCGUGUUCGCGUGCGUGAGCGGGCGCGGCGGGUGGCGCGCGGCGCUGGUGGUGGCGGCGGGGCGCGCGGCGCACGGCGCGGGCGCGGCGCUGGCCGCCGUGGCGGGGCUGGCGCUGGCGGCGCGGGCGCUGGCGCCGCCGCAGCGGGACCGCGCCAUCGGAGCGCUGCUGGGCGCCGUCGCGCUGGGUAACUACAACGUGCCGCGACCGCGCGGGCGUGGCCGGCAGUGCACCGACUCACCGAGUUGUGUUGCAGGCGUGCUGGUGGGCUACCCGUUCGGCGGCGCCACGUACGCGCUGUGGAGCCGCGGCGCGCCCUUCCUGCUGAUAGCCGCGGCGCUGCUGGCCGACCUCGCGCUGCAGUACAUGUUUCUGGAUAAGGAGGAGUACAACCGGGUGAGUACCUCCAGUUUCCAACUCUCAAGUCUUCUUAAAAGAAUCAGAUCUGGGGGCACGAUAGUGCCCCCGCCAAGACGAGCCAAGCGAAGCGCAAGCGCAAGGGCACUACCUACCUUUUCUCGAAGCGCUCCGUGCGAGGAGGGCGCGGGCGGCGUGUCGUGGCGCGGCGUGUGGGCGCUGGCGGGGCGCGGGGGCGCGGGCGCGUGCGCGGGCGCCGUGCUGCUGACGACGAGCGUGAUGGCGGCGCUGGAGCCGUGCCUGCCGCUGUGGCUGCUGCACAAGUUCCACGCGCAGCGCUGGCUCACGGGCGCCGUGUUCGUGCCCGACUCGGCCGCGUACCUGCUGGCCGCCAGCCUGCUGGGCGGCGCGGCGCGGCGGCUGGGCGCCGAGCGCGUGGCGCUGGCGGGGCAGCUGGGCGUGGCGCUGGCGGCGCUGGCCGUGCCGCACGCGCGGACCGUGGCGGGGCUGGCGGCGCCGCACGUGGCGCUGGGCGCGGGGCUGGGCGCGGCGGACGCGGCGCUGGUGCCGGCGCUGCUGGCGCGCCACCCGCGGCGCGAGGCGCACGUGGCGGCGCUGCUGCAGGCGGCGUCGAGCGCGGCGUACGCGCUGGGCCCGGUGCUGGGCGGCGCCGUGGCGUGGUGCGUGGGCUUCGAGACGGCGAUGCGCGCGCUGGGCGUGCUCAACCUGCUGUACGUGGGCUACCUGUACCGCGCGCUGGCGGCGCACCCGCUGUCCCCGCAGUGGGGCGCCAGCUCGCCGGAGGAGGAGGACGCGGAGUGCGAGGAGGGCGCCGAGCGCCUGCCGCUGGCGCCGCGCCAGUAGACAGCGCCGCGCCAGUAGACACACUACACUACCUACUUUAUUUAGCUGGACUGAUGUUGUACGAUGCAAUACAUUUAUAUGUAGCAGUCACACUACAAAAC